AAUAAAUAAACAUUCUUCGUAUCUUUAAUAGUCUCGGUCGCCAGGAAAGGGACAUUUUGCAAUUAACUUAUAUAUUGUAUCUAGUUUUUUAGCAAUUUAAAUUAUUACUUUUGAUUUUCAUAUUUAAAGUGGAACUAACAGACUGUCAUCCUGAUUAAUAGUUUAUAUCGAUGUGAAAAAUGCAAGUGUCAUAUGGUGCUUGGGCCUAGUCCAUUGAUUCAAGUUGUUUUUAGCAAAGAGUAAAUAAGGAUGGCUCCUGGAAUCGGAGGAAACGGUGGAGGCCCUCGCCAAACUGGAACUGUUCCUAAAACCAAAUCCCACAACGAAGCAUCACGAGAGUAUAACGGAGCGACUCGUCGAGAUUAUCAUCCCUUCAAUCAUGUCCACAUGCCCAACAACCUGAGCUCGCUGGACUGGCAGCCGGUCAACGAGACGAUUCCUCACCCUCGCAAUCGCAAGGAAUCCAACACUUCAGCCUCCAGGUUUUCUGAAUCUUUUGACACAGAAGAAAAUGGCGUAACACAAGACAACUUGUGGUUCAAUACCGGCCAACGCCACUCUGUGUACAACAGCGACGAUGAUGAGGUAUCUCAAGCGAGCUGGGCCGAGAACGGCUACAAGAGCAACAACCUAGGACAGUCAGACAAGGCGCAGCAGGUGGCGUCUCGGCUGCAUCAGAUCAGAGACUAUGUCAACCAGACAGUCAGCAUGAUGGACGGGCUGCGAGCUACCGGCGGACAGCGCAAUAUGGCUCAGCACGAGAAAUUAUCCUCUAUGCUGGAAGGCCUGCGAGACAGUGAGUUGAAACUUCAAUCCCUGUACGAACGACUGCAACGCAACCCUGCACAACCCAAGGGGGAACCAGACAAUUUUCCUGCUCAACAAAUGCUAGAUACAUCGAGAGAACGUGCCAACACAUCUGUCGCAUCUUCCUCAAAAUCAUCAGAGGCAGCUAGGAAAAAUGAACUGAAGAAGCAAGUGCAUAUAUCUCAGUUGAAGCUACAAGAACUGCAAGAGCAACAAGCCGCUUUGAAGGCGUUGAAGCAGAAGGCUCAGGAACAGCUGAAUGAAGCCCGGGCCGCACAAGGAGCUCUGAUGGCAGCCCACGGCACCUCACAGGCGGCCACCAACACUGACAACAUGAUACAGGAGAGACUGCAGAAUCUGCAGCGCUUCUUUGACGCCAGGCAUCAGAUUGUGCAGAUUGCCGGCUUGGAGGACGAGGAAGCAGACACGUCAGAGGUACAGAACAAACUGGACGAGUUACAAGCCAAGAAACACAACAUGGACCAACUGUUGGCUCAGUUCUCCAAUCUGCACACUAAUGUGGCCAACAACGUUGCUGAUGAACUUAGUCCUGAUGAAUGUGAAAGAGACGUGCAGAAUAAAAUGGCAGAGUUGAAUGCCAUGAGGGAGUUUCUCUCUACGUUGCAGAACAGUGCUUCUCAACUGAGACCUGCCUCUCCCCAGGAAAGAGUUGUGAAAAAAGACUCUCGUGGAGGAUCUGUGGAGAAGUCCAACACACCUACAAAUCAAACUCUACAUGUAAAAACUCAACAACUUAAUGAGGCAAAGGCGAGGCUUCAGCAGCUGCAGAACCUGUUGCACACGGUAGAAGAGUUACGCAGCAAUGGUCAGCCCAUACCUGAAUCUGUGCUGCGGCUAAUGAAUGGCUCAGAACACAGCUCCAGUCCUACGCAGCAAGACAGGUACAAACACAAGUUUAAAGAGCUACGCAGCAAUGGUCAGCCUAUACCUGAAUCUGUGCUGCGGCUAAUGAAUGGCUCAGAACACAGCUCCAGUCCUACGCAGCAAGACAGGUCGGAUAUGUCGUCACAAGAUCUGAAUGUAUCUCAAGGCCCAAGCGAUCGACUGGUCAACUCCAGUGAGCGUGCUGAGAUGUUUGAGCGUAGUUGUCGCUCACUCAACUCCUGCGAGCGAGAGAGAGUCAAACAGCAGCCGGCCAACACUGUCAAACAUAACAACCAAGAGGGAAAAGUUGGGAUGAAAAUUCAGCUCGAAGAACUCAUCAGAAACCAAGAUCUUAGUUUACCUCAACCAUUGCAAAGUUCCAGUUUCCAAGAGCCCGGCAACGGCACCACUAUCGGCACUUGGGGAGGUUCCACACAAAGCACCUUGGACGAGGGAUACAACCCCGACUACUCUGGAGACAUGACAGAGACAACCAGUGUGAAGAAUGCUCCCAGCUGUAGACAACCUCACAACAUGUGGCGGAAACCUUCCUCAGGCAGUGCGUCAAGGUACAGCUGGUCCACGCCCUAUGUGCCACAGGAGGUGAGGAGGGGAGGGGAGAGAGGGGACAAUGUACCAACUGCUGACAUCCCUCCUCAACCUGACACUCACUGGGUCGUUCAGCAGAUCAGUCAGUUACAGAGUCAGUUACAACAGAUGAGUGGAUUGUACAAGAACUUUGUAGAGAAGCAACAGAACUCUCCUCCACCUUGGCUCACACCACCCAUCUCAGCAGCAUUGGGUCCGUAUUGCCAGUACAUUGCGUCUGCAGGCCAAUGGCAGCAGCAGCAGUUGUUGGUUCACUCCUUGAACCAGUGUUGCCAACUGAUUUGGCACCAACAGCAUGAAUUGGCAGCACUGAAAGAGACCCUUGCGCAGUUGCACCACCAGAACCCAGAGGCAGCUCAGUUCUCCCCCCAACAAGUGGAAAUUUCAUCCCCUCCCUCCAACUUGGGUCGAGCGCACAACCAGAACCACAACCACAAUCAUGGGGCAGUCAAGCCAUCCCUCGCGCCACCUGCCGUAGUGUCGAGCGCUCACUCCCUACCUAACCUAGUCUCUCCUCAGUCGCCCCCCUCCCCACCCCCUGUCAACAAUCGUAACCUGUUAGCUUCUCCCACUGCGACAGUUCUGUCUCUCCCUCCCUCCCUCAACACAAACCCUGCCAACCCCAAUAUAUACUUCAACCCCCAUACCCAGUUUACAGACCCCAACUUUAUCAACCUGUUUCCACCCUACGGAAACAAUCUGAAUUUUGAGUUUCCAUCUCCAGUUAAUUUUUUUCCUAACCCUCCGGAACAGUUUUUGCCGUUCCAUCCGCAACCACAGCCUGCCACUACCCUGAAUAACCAGGUUCCCCCAGGCAAUAGGGCUAACAACUAUUGGGACAAUUUUAGAAGCUACUCUCGCCAGAAUCUUCUUAGCAACAGUGGUAAAAGCAAUGACGGCCUGCAACAACAACAGCAGCAGCAGCAACAACAACAACCCCAACAACAACAACAAUCACAACGCACACCCAUGGAGAGGUUCCUCAACACAGAUCAUGAAGGGCUGCCUCCACCUCCUAGGAGCAGGAAGGAGAGGCUGGUGCGGGGGGAGGUAAAUCAGCUGAUGACAAGAGCUCAGGUACACCAGGAGGAGGGGGAGGGGGAAGCUAGCGGCCACCAGUACAAUUUGUCUCUUCCUUCACAUGGCAGACAAGUUUUGUAUUCUCCACACAACAACACAUAUAGUGAGUCAGAAGGUAUGCGUCUGGUGAACGACUGUGAGGCUCCACGUGGUGCAAACAAACACAAGCGCAACUACAUCGACAUCCCGGCCAGGGAGGCCAAAAUCAGCCAGCUGAACAACUAUCAUACUGAACCCAGCGAGAGCAACACGGAAGCUGACAGUUCUCGGGCAAUCAACCUGCCGAGGAGGCAUCCUCGCAACAUAAACAGCAUCAGUGACAACAGCAGCAACAACAGCAACAAUCUGCACCAACAACAGAACUGCAUCGGGGACGGUUACUGUCUCAUGGCCUCAGACAAGGGUGUCAGGCGCAAGGACAACCGAGGCAACCUCUCCAAGGACUGUAAGACUGAUGCUAGUGGUAGUGGGGACACUUUGGAGGAGUGUGUAUACUCUGAGGUCGCAGCUCUGAUAUCAGUGAAUGAGUGGAGACCACAAUACCUACUGCAGCUGUUCAAGGACCUACGACUGCUCAGCUCAUGUCCAGACCCUGGCAUGCAGGCCACUCUGUCUUCUACAAUACACGCCUUGGCAUCUCGUUCCUCUCAGGAGGAGCGUAGAGCAGGAGUAGGUGUGGUGAGUGAAGAGUCGGUCAGUACUCAGACAGUGGCAGCUCCUGACUAUCUCGCCAGCUUCUCUCAUCAACCUCAAACACGUAACUGGACACAGAAAGAAACUAUUCCCCCUCCCCCACCUCCACCACCGCCACAACUACCAUCUAACUGUGCCAAGCUAGACAGAGAGGUGCGCAGUGUGUUGACGGAGAUGUUGCCGUUCAUCAUGUCACAGGCUGGGGAGACAUGUGGCCCCGCCUUGUUGGAGAGUGUACGUAAACUGAUACUACACCUGGUACACACACCUCCCCCCGCCACUCAGGACCAGCUUGAUGCACAACUGGAGGACGCUCUACACAAGUUCAUCGGCCACAGGCUAGGAGAUGUUUAUGAGGAGUUGCUGAUCAAUGUAGCCGAUGUACUUAUCAGUGAGCUGACAUUCCUGCGUCUGGUCAACACAGUGCAUCACAACCACAGCACGGAGCAGCCGAAUGGUGAUGUUGUUCAAGUGGUGGAAGAAGAGGAAGAAGAAGAGGAGGGAGCCGUAGGAGGAGUAGUGGGGGAAAGUGUGUCUUCCUCUCUUCUCAACCUGCAUCCGGCAAACCAGGCUCGCAGAAAUAAGAGUGAGCCAGUGUCUGAGGCAGAUCUAGCUGAGGCCGACCAAUCACGUCACUCGACUGGCAGUGGUGGCGAGGAGGAGAGGGGGGACACAGCGGAGGGUAUUGACCAACUGGAAGAAGCAAGUGGUAGAGAUGUCAACAUGGCUACUUGUAACGGGAACCUUGCCACCGAAUCUAAGACUGAGGCUUGCUGGGCUGUGGAGCAGGACCGAGAGUUAGGCUUGGACCAAGUCCCGACACGACUACACAACUGCGAGACUGAACCUGACGCCUCCCAUACCGGACCUCCCGAUCCCAAUACAUCGAUAUGAUGGUUUAGAGUUCUGCCUCUUCGACUCUGUUCCUUACUUUAAACCUUCAACAAGUAGACUCUGCUGCUGCUAGACUGUCUUAUUUUGUUUAAUCAAAUCAUUUUGUUUAUUUAGUAUAAUGUGCCUUUUUACUGUUAAAUUAUAAAUUACUUUAU